GGCGAGCUGAGCGGCGGGCCUGUCCGGAGCUCGGCGGUGGCGCUGGAGGAGGCUGAGGCGGCGGCGGCGGCGACGGGCCCGGACGAGCGCCCGGAGGUGGCGGACGAGGCGCCGGGGUCCCCCAUGGGCGGGUGUGUGGGCGCCCAGCACGACUCCUCAGGCAGCCUCAACGAGAACUCGGAGGGCACCGGAGUUGCUUUAGGUCGUAACCAGCCUUUGAAAAAGGAGAAACCAAAAUGGAAAAGUGAUUAUCCUAUGACAGACGGACAACUGCGCAGCAAGAGGGACGAAUUUUGGGAUACUGCACCAGCUUUUGAAGGCCGUAAAGAGAUUUGGGAUGCCUUGAAGGCUGCUGCACAUGCUUUUGAGAGCAAUGAUCACGAACUGGCACAAGCAAUCAUUGAUGGUGCAAACAUAACAUUACCGCAUGGUGCACUUACAGAGUGCUAUGAUGAACUGGGGAACAGGUACCAGCUUCCAGUCUAUUGCUUGGCACCACCAAUCAACAUGAUAGAGGAAAAGAGUGACAUAGAGACUCUGGAUAUUCCUGAGCCACCACCCAAUUCUGGAUAUGAAUCUCAGCUCCGUUUGCGCCUUUCUACAGGCAAAGACCUCAAACUUGUGGUUCGUAGCACAGACACGGUAUUCCACAUGAAGAGACGGUUACAUGCAGCAGAGGGAGUGGAACCGAGUAGUCAGCGGUGGUUCUUCUCUGGCAGACCUCUCACCGACAAAAUGAAGUUGGAAGAGCUGAAGAUCCCAAAGGACUAUGUUGUACAGGUUAUAGUGAGCCAACCUUUGCAGAACCCAACACCAGUUGAAAACUGAACUGGUCCUAUUGGCUGGUUCCCAGAUCCCUCUGCUCCUUUUUAUUAUGUUGCCAUUUCCUACUCUAUGGCGUGAAAUUUAUUUUCACUGCUCUAAAUUCCCUAUGAAUGGAUUUAGUUCUGAGGAAUUACCAGUGAAAAAUUCCAUCUGUGAUGGAGACCAACAAAAAUAAUAAAACACAAAGAGCCAGCCUUUGAGACUCAUGUAAUUACAAUUUCUAAUUUGAGAAGCAGUUAAGAAAUAGAUAACCAUUUAUUUUAAAACACUCAACUACUAUGUAAUGGCUGUAUUUAAAUGAUUUGGACUGUAAAUGGAACGAUGCAUCCAUGAAGAACAGCACCAAGCACCUUUUGAAUACAGAUUUUUUUAAAUAUAUCAAAUUAUAUACCCAGAAACCAUCCAUAAUAGUUAUAAAAUGUAAGCUUUCUUUUUAAUAGAAAUUGAAAAGAGCAGUAUUUGAGGUUUGCUUCUAUUCUGGUUUUUUCUUCUUAGCUCAAUUAAUAUUUAGCCAUAAAGGAGUAGAGACUCUCCAUCCCCACAUGUUGAGCUCCUUAUUACAUUCACGCUAAAUUUUGGUGCCUUCCAGCACAUUGGUGGCAGGCACCCUUCUGGAACACUAGGCAAUAAUUUAGUCAAUGCAGUCUCUGGUUUUCAACUGAUAGUUGAAAAGUCGUUUAUCCUCUUACUGCAUAGGCGUUUUGAAAGGUCUAUGUAAUGAAGCUGUUUUCAUAUCCUGGCUUAGAAGGUCACUACUAUAUAAUACCUUCGUUGAUCUAGCUACUCUGCUUAGAACUUUUUGUAGCUAACUGUGAGUCCAAAUGCAUAGUUCCUGGGCCAGGGAACACAGGAAUUGAGUACAAUUGUUCCCACUAUAGGAUGGUAAAGUAAUUGUUCUCAUCUCCUCUACUUUGCAGGAAGAAUGUAAGGAAAAACCAUUCUAUCUGUGCCUGGGAGAACUGUGCCUAUUUUCAGUCUUUUAGAGCAAAUUUCAUCAAAAUUGACAAGUGUGAAAGGUUUACUGGUAUCACUUAAACAUCAGCAAUGAGACCAAAUAAUGAAACAUUGCUUUAUACCUUAGUGGUUUCCAGUUGAGUUACCUCUAGUCAUGGUGGGUGACAAUUUUCCUCCCUCAUCUUUCCUGGCAAAAGCAAAUUAAGAACCAUUUACAAAGUAGAGGACUGAAAAGUCCAAUGAGAUAACCUGAUUCUUUUGUACUGUGACUGGAAUAAAGCUACCAAGGAUUAUGUUUAAUUUGGAGCCUUUUAAAAGGGUGGUUCCUUAGAUGAGAAGAGGGCUAAGACUUGACCACGGUACCCCUGAGAAUCCAUGAGAUGGAAAAGUAGAGGCUAGAAGGCACUUAUGCUGUUCUCAAUUGGGAAGUAGCAACCCUCCACACCUAUUCGGAUGGGAAGCACCAUUAUUGAUUCUAAUGAUGACAUGAAACUGCUAAUUAGUUUAAAUGUAAUGUUUAAAAUGGUAUUUACAUUUUCUAUAGCCUGAUUAAAUAUAUCUAUAAUUGUAACUUACCAUGUUUCUGAGAGCUUUAACUAUUAAUACUUCCCUAUUUUUAUGCAAUCAUUUUAAAGAUUGUAGCUGUAUCCAAUUUAGGAUUGCUGAUGACUGAAUCUAAAUUCAAGAGAAAACAGCAUUAAUUCCAAAGGAGAAUUUUGUACUUAGAGGUGGAGGUAUGAGAGUAUUUCAAUAUGUUGCCCUGUCAUUAAAUAGUUUUUGUUCAUUUGUGUGCCACAUUGAAUAGCAGCAUCUCUCAGAGUCUAUCAACUGGAAAAAAGUGUUUAAACCUGUUUUUCUUAAGGAAAAUUGGUGAUGUCAUCAAUAUCUAUGAUUGAUAAAAGGUCUUGUUUGUUGAGGAUUUGAGCUCUCUUAAGAGUUUAUUUUAAGGGAACAUAUACUUUGAAUAACAAUUUCUGGGCAUGUUCAACUAACCUAGGUGAGAAAUCCAUGGUGCUGUUUAAUUGUAAAUAGAUUAAGAUUGGACCAAUACUUGAUGUGUAUAAUUUUAGUAUGUAGGGUUUUUGUGCUUUUUUAAAAAAAAAAAAAGUUCAAUUUU